AUGUCUUGGCUUAGAGGUGCCAAGGUGUUCCUGAGUCUGCACAGAACACCCACACGAUGUCGGCAGUUGCUCCGUUCGAUGAAAAUGCGGCGGCAUAGAGUGUUCUUGCUGUGCACGGUGGGUCUGUGCGUCAUCUCAUUUCUUCACUACUACAAGGCCCUCCACUACGUCUCCCUGCUGCGAGAACUCUCCGCUCCAUACCCCAACAUCAAGUCCUUCAUCAUGGUCACCGGUUUCUUCUGGAGGGAGAAGGGAGCAGCAGCCACCCCGCUCAGCCCCGCCUCCCCCGAAGAGGCCCCUCCCUUACCUGCCCUCCGCCACUCGGACAUUAAACCCAGCGGAGGGGCAGGUCCCGGAGGAGGUGGUAGAGGGGGAGGGUUGGACCUAGAGGAUCAGGGUACCGUGAUAGGAGGACCUGGCAUCGUUGGCCACGCGGGGCUUGAGAUGCAGCCGAGAGAGGAGCCAGAGCCUCCCCAUCCCUGGGAAAAACCAGCGGAAAACCAGCUGGGAGAUCCACCAAAAGAGAGAAGAGCUGAGGACCACCAUCCAGAACCUAUUGGGCCAGACUUCCAGGACCAGCCAAGAAAAGAGCACAAAGUGGUGUUCCAUAGGGAUCAGCAGUCGGACCCCUCCUUGGGGGACAUUCACACUCGCACUCACCUGCUUCAGAACGAUAAAACGGCUUACUUUGUCCGUACCAAAGCGGGAGCCCUUUGCUUCAGGCAGGGCACCGAGGUGGCCGCCUCCAAGGAGUACUCUGUUAAAUCAGCGGCGGCGGCGCAGAACGAGGCGGGGGAAGCGGUCCGUGCUGCUGCCGCCGCUGCCCAACGGAAGCCUCUGGAACUCCAGCAGAAGCCCUCCAUCACUCCGAAGGCCAAGCCGCGAUCAAGAGGCAACGGGAAGCGGCUGGUCAAGUGCGUUUGUCGGCCGGGGUGGCACGGACCUUACUGCGGGGUUCCCACUAUGGUUUACCACUCCAAUUUGCCAACGAAGGAGCGACUGACCCCCAGGGAAACGCCACGGAGGGUGAUCAAUGCCAUCAACAUCAACCAUGAGUUUGACCUGCUGCACGUGCGCUUUCACGAGCUCGCACAGGCUGUAGAUUUGUUCCUCAUAUGCGAGUCGAACUUCACGGCCUAUGGAGAAAGGCGGCCUCUGAGUUUCCUGCGGCUCCUCCUCAAUGGCACGUAUGACUACAUACGUCACAAGAUUCUAUACGUAUUCCUGGACCACUUCCCAGAUGGGGGUCGGCAGGAUGGCUGGAUCGCAGACGACUAUUUGCGCACCUUCCUGACACGCAACGGGAUGUCCAGAGUGCUGGGGGCCAGGUCGGACGAUGUCUUUGUCAUUAAUGACGCGGAUGAAAUCCCAGCCCGCGAGGGCCUCCUUUUCCUCAAGCUGUUCGACGGUUGGACAGAACCCUUUGCCAUCCACAUGCGCAAGUCGUUGUACGGCUUUUUCUGGAAGCAGUUUGGGUCCCUGGAGGUGGUUUCGGGCUGCACGUUGGGCAUGCUCCGCGACGUCUACGACGGCGACGGCAUCAAGCUGCGGCGGCGGGAAUAUUACACCAUGCCCGGCUUCCGGAAGUACGAGAACGACACGGGCCACAUCCUGGUCCAGUGGUCGGUGGGCAGCCCCUUCCACUUUGCCGGGUGGCACUGCUCCUGGUGCUUCUCGCCCGAGGGGAUCUAUUUCAAGCUGGUGUCGGCGCAAAACGGAGACUUCCCCCGAUGGGGCGACUAUGAGGACAAGCGUGACCUCAACUACAUCCGCGAACUGAUCCGGACCGGGGGCUGGUUUGACGGCUCCCUGCAGGAAUAUCCCCCCGCGGACCCCAAAGAGCAUAUGUACGCCCCCAAGUACAUGCUGGAGCACUAUGACAGGUAUCGCUACCUCCUGGAGAACCCUUACAUUAAAGUGUCCAGACCGAGUGAGGACUAGUGGAUCGGCUGGACUGAAAUAUGUGAAAUAAGGAGUACGGCCCCGGGGAGGCCUCGGCACCGAGCUUUGCUAAUGAAAUGGUACAGAUGACCAUCUCUCAUUGGAGCUAAGUGUGUUUCCACACAGACAACUCUGUGGAGGGAUAAGUCAUUAUUUUGGGUUAAAAAAAGGGAACACUGAAUCACACCGUUCAUGCAUUCACAGAGAGCAUCGGCAGGUUGUGAUCACUGGAGAAACUAAAUCAGAGAUUUCCCUGUUAAUGGAAAGGCAAAGCUAUAACUCUUGUCGUCAUCUUGGCCAUCAUCUCCUUUCUUCCCUCACCUUCCAGUUGGACACAACUGUUCUCUAAAGGAAAGGGGCAGCUCAAAAAAAAAAAAAAGCCAGGGAUAUUUUUGCAGGAAUGUUUAACCUGUGGAGAGGACAAACUCUGAAGUGAAGGACUGUUUUAUUUUUGUUUGUUUUGUUUUGUGUGUGUGUGCGUGUGUGUGUGUGUCUGCGUUUACUGAAGUUUACAAGCCAGCUGAUGUUCCUGCUUCACUCACCACCUUCAGAUGUCUUCCUGUCGCAUUUAGUCAUCUCCCUCCAAAACGUGACUCGCGUGCACGUUUCACGUCGCGUUAUUCUUGGGUCUCUGACGCCUCCUCAAACCCUGCCACGUUAGAGGAACGACCAGUGGGCACGCACAGGCGCCCACUCAUGACAUGCACCUUAGACGAUUCUGUGUAAACGGUGUGCGCAGGAAACACUAAGAAAGGAAGAUUCCCGUGGAGAAGAAUAUCAAAGAGUGGAACGGCGCGAGUGUGGAAGUGUGUGGACGUGUUUGCCGGAGCUUACGGAUAGAUCUGAAUAAAUUAUGCUCAGCUCCAUUAUCGUGCGUCCGAUCGGAGAACAAUCGGGACAUGAUCAUCACUCAUUUUUUGUGUCCGGCUUUGUUUCCUUGGAAACUAGCAUAUGUGAAAAGGGAGACAGGAUCACUUUUGCUAAGGCGAGUGGGUGGGUUCAAUCCACUGAAGUAGCUGCAAUGUUCAGAUGAGGUCAGCACUGCAAAAGUCCCCUUAGUAAGAAAUUCAGUUUUAUAAUUGCAUCUUAUAAAAGGAGUCUGACAACGAGUCCUACGCUUCACCUGUUUCCCUGGUCUUGUCCUUUCCCUUUUAGCAUCACUACAGUCUGUUUUUUUCUGUUUUUUUAAAUUAUCUGUAGUCUUGUCUCUCUUGGCUUGCUUACCCCAUCCCUUCUCAAUGGGACAGGGUGUCUGUUAACAUAGUGAUGCUCUGAGAUCACCAACAUAUGACCGUUUAGGCUCCUGCCUCCUGUCUCCUCCCGGCAGUAAACAGCUGUUCACAUAGCCGGAGGCUCAAAUUCCCAACAGAACUGUUUCGUGGGCGGUGACGGUGUGGACAAUUCAAUGUACCUUUUCCCUUUGGGUACAUUCGAAGUAGGGUUGGCUUUGUCCUUGCACAGAGCAGGACAAUAAUGACAGUGAUGUUUACAGUAGGACUGAGCCGUAGGAAGACUGAGACAAGGAAAAGGCAAACACAAAUCGAUAUGGAUGCUUGGACUAGAUUUACCACCUGCUUUUUCAGUUUCUGUCUGUGUAACUCGGCUUAUAAGCAGAUGAUAAUUAAAUCACAGGCCUUAACAAAAUGAAUAAAAAUGUUUCAAAGCCUGAACAGGCUAAAGUCUGAUAGAGUAGGUUAUUAUUUAAUUCAGAUAUUAAACGCUGGUCAAAUUGAUCCAGUAUCUUCAGCCUUAUUAUCUUCAUGCUUGUCAUCUAAAAUCUUUUUUAUUAAAUCCAUACAUUAGCCAAGUUUAAUGGGUGGUAUUUUCGAAUCUUCUGACCACUUUCCGGCUCUCUGUUGAUCACCUUAAUGGCUUCGCAAAUGGCUAAUCGCACGGUGGGAAAAUGAGAUAAGCCGGUAGGGGACUUGACAGUUGUUUGGUCUGUGCUGCUGGCUCGACGGCAGCGUGGUCUGUGGCAGCAGCUGUUUCUGGUUUGGCAUUGGUCUCCAGAGCCAAAGUGUCCUCUAAAUCCAGAGGCUCUACAAAGAAAUGAGCCCUAAAUAGAAUUUGAAAUGGGACAAACACAAAAUAUAGUCAACAUUUGUCUAAAAAUUUGAUUUCUUACCUUUUGAAAGGUUGAUUUGUCAUAAUUGAUGGAAGAACAAUUAAAUGGCUUGCAAAGUGAGAUAGGUGGGAACCUGAUAUCCAGUGCAUUUUCCAGAUUGUAACUAAUGACGAUCCAUCUUUAACUCAGCCAGUGGCUCUUCAUUUAUGUGUCCCACUGUUCGAAGGGAUUUUUGGCAUUCCAGGAAAAGGGACAUGUUAUUGAUUAUUAUCUCAAGCUGUUCACACAGAGUACACCAAACUAUUUAAUCUGAUUUUCACUAAAUAAAUACAGCUUCCCCACAUCACUCAGAUACUGAGGUCUCAAACCACAGUAAAUAAAUGAAGUCCCUCUUCAUCUUGUGUCGGGAAAACUUUUUCGGCCCCGCCCGUACGCCUUUUAUUUGCCAACAGGACAGAAAAAGCUUUUCAGAAAUGCAAUUGUGUCCCAUCAAGGGUUGGGUUGGAUAAUUGCGCUUAAGCUCUGCCAAGAGGCAUUUAACCCAACUAACUCCCUAUUUUCAGCUGGCUGUAAUCAGACAGCACAUCGAGUGAACAACGCACGCGUUGUCAUAUCUAGACGUGUUUGUGUGUCUGUGUGCAUAUAGUCAACAGGCGUCUGGCUCGUGCCAAAUAAGGGUGUCGGCGAAACGCAAGCCAGGGUUAUUUUGCUUUGCCUGCUGGUUCUGUAUCACCAUGGCAACGCCCCCCCCUUCUUAGUUCCUGAGAUCCCUAACAGCCUGAGGUCAUCCAUCAAAAUUGCAGGCCAGUAGUCUAAAUGAACAAGUACAGACAAUCCUAAGAAACAUUUUCUCUGGUUGAGUUGUUUCUGAGCAUUUAUAAAGAUUCUUUGUAUCUGUUCUGAUCCUGCUCAGUAGAUUGGAGAUAACCAUACUGCUCUUCUCAUUUAAUCAAACCACAAGUCAACCUACAACUACAGUUAGUCUGCAAUGAAUUUAAAAAAUUGAGAAAGAAGGAAAAACUAAUGAUGCAAAAGUUACAUUUUAGGAACACAGUCGACUGAACAUUUGUUUUAAAGUUACAAUAAUGAAACCCUCAUCUAGGUAUCAAGAAGGAAUCAGGUUUUAGAUAAAGGCAAAACCUUAAUUUCCAGUCUUUCUAUGUUGUGUAAAGGAUAUUUGCAGUGGGACAGUUUGUAGCUACGGCAGUUAAAUGAACAAACGCAGCAGCAUUUAGGUCAGUCUGUUUUGUUGCCGUCCAGAGACAAAUCUGAUCCUGUAUAGAUUGUUUUUUUACGCUCCGUGAAAUCAUUGCAGCCCCCGUGGGCCCCUGACAAAGUAGCCGAGGCAAGUUAGCCUUCCCCUCAACGUUUAUUUUACUACUGCUGCCUUGCUUUGAAGCUCCAGGAAAAGAGAGAGCUGCUGGCUAUACCGGGGCAUUUUCCAUCGUAAAGGUUUCAUGUUAUAUUUAACAAUUGUUUGAAAUAUUUGACCAAAGAGGCUCUGACCCAUCAGGUUUGAGAUGCAGACUGCAGGCUGCGGUAAACAAAGCUGCUUUCUCCUUCCCGGGUGGAACAGGGACAAUUAAUUAGGUGCAAACUGUAAAACAUUAAAUGAGAUGGAGUGAUCCUGCUGCAGACGGGUUUGGAGUUGGGUUGCUAGGAAACAGCUCAGUACGGGCUCUAGAUGCUCAUAGUUAUUGAUAUUGCCAACAGGAAAUGACAAUGUGGAAGGAGUUACAUUUUGGAGUGGUAUCAAUUUAGCACGUACGCUCUACGGUGGGUUGCUGACCUUCUAUAUGCACGCUCUCAGAUAUACCGUUUGUCAGGUCAUGUGGAGUUUUUUUUUAUAUUUUAGUUGAUUUCACAGCCUUAGUAUAGUUAGUAAAUUAUUACGUUUUCACAAUUUACCAAAAACAGAAUCGGAAAUAAUUUAAAACUCCCCAUUAUUGGCAUAACCCUCAUCUAAGAACUUUCACACCAAGCAUCAAUACAUGUUUGGAGCGUUCAGCUGCUCGUGCGUUUGGUCUCCGCAUGACCUACAGGGCUGAAUAGCUCACAGAUAUCUGACCGGCUGCCUGAAGGGCUCGCAUACCUUCAUGACUGUUGAUCCCUCCCAAAGCUGUGGCUUCCACCAAUUGAUCUUUUAAAAAAAAAAAAAAAACUGGCAGCAAGCAGGCCGGAAAUCAAAGAAAGGCGGGUGUGGGGUACAGAGAAAAGAGGGGCCAUUAUACUCCAGGUUUCACUUUGACUUUGCUCUUCAAGGAAUUUCUCUGGUUUAUUAUUAUGAAUGGCGAAGACUGUAAACAGGGAUUU